CAGGCAGACUGGAGCAGAGGCAGAUGGAGUCUGUGAAGACGUGGAGGGCAGACUGGCGGUUUCCCACAACUCUGCUGUGCAUUUAUGGAUUCUUCAGCACCGUCAAACCUCUGGAACCGUUCCUCACCCCAUACCUGACCGGACCAGACAAGAAUCUGACAACCGAACAGGUGAACAACCAGAUUUUCCCGGUGUGGACGUACUCCUACCUCUCCGUGCUGGUGCCUGUGUUCUUGCUCACUGACUGGCUGUGCUACAAGCCCGUGGUUGUGUUCCAGGCCAUCACCCUGUUCAUCACCACAGCCAUGCUGCUCUGGACUCAGAGUGUCGGAGCCAUGCAGGCCACGCAGUUCUUCUAUGGAGUGGUUACAGCCAGCGAAGUGGCUUAUUUCUCCUACAUCUACAGUGUGAUAGAUGUGAAGCAGUACCGUAAGGCGACCUCUUACAGCCGCAGUGUGCAGCUCCUUGGCUACACCGUGGGCUCGGUGCUGGGCCAACUGCUCGUCAGCUUCAACCUCAUGUCCUACAACAACAUCUUGGUAUUUACACUGGUUCUCACUGCCAUUGCUCUGCUGACAUCAUGCUUCCUGCCAAUGCCACAGCACAGCUUGUAUUUUCAUCACAAAAACGCUGGCCUGAAUGGAGUAACAGAGGAAAGAAACAGGUGUGUAGAUGGGAACACAGAUGCCUCAACACAUGGGAAGAGAUAUGAAGAAAUGGGAAAUGAACAGACAGGGGAAAGUGGAGACACGGCUAGAGGUGCAAGCCCCAAAAUAGAAGACAAAGAGCCAAAACACGAAAAGAACACAGAGUAUGGUGGUGGGGAAAGCUGUGUCAGAGUUCUUCUCCAGUUGUGGAGGGACUUCCUCCAGUGUUAUUCCUCCAGACAGCUGCUGUACUGGUCAUUGUGGUGGGCUAUGGCCACUUGUGGCUAUAACCAAACUGUCAACUAUGUCCAGGUGCUGUGGGAGCACGUGCAACCAUCACAGAACUACAGCAUCUACAACGGAGGGGUGGAGGCAGUGUCUAACCUGUUCAGUGCAACAGCAGCUUAUGGAAUAGGCUUCAUUGAAGUCAAAUGGGAGCAGUGGGGAGAGUUGGCCUUGGGUGGCUUCUCUGGACUCGGGGCCGCCGCUCUCUUUCUAAUGACCUUCAUAGACAACAUUUGGGUCUGCUACUCUAGCUACGUCAUUUUCAAAAGCCUGUAUAUGCUACUCAUAACAAUAGCCAUGUACCAAAUUGCAGCAGAUCUGACAAUGGAACGAUACGCAUUAGUGUUUGGUGCAAAUAACUUUGGAGCACUGGCCCUACAGACCAUCAUCACCUCUGUUGUGGUUGAUAGCAGAGGGCUGGGCCUGGACAUCAUCCCUCAGUUCAUUAUAUAUGCCAGCUACUUCACAGUCAUCGUAGGUGUCUUUUCACUCAGAGGUCUGUUUACUUUGUGGAACGUCAAGAAAAACAAAGAAGCCAACCCUCCAGACAGAAAUGCACCUGAAAACUGUCACAACAAAAGACUUUCAAUGCAAGAAAUGUGUCACAGCAAACUGUGAUC